AUGAAAUUAAUUACGCAGGAGCAGAUGGAUGCCAGUGGGCGCGCAACAGCGCUUGGUGGGCUAAAAGGAGCGCUACUUGGAUCGUCGCUCUCAGCAGCAGGUUUAUUCCUCGCAGGGCGCCGCUACCCAGUCAUCGCCGCCCAGCCACCCGUCCAAAAAGGCUGGCUGAUGCUCGUCGGCACGCUCCUUUGUGGCGCAACCAACGCCGAAUUUGCAUACGAAGACCACAUGCGGUCGCAGUGGAAGAACGAGGAUGUCGACAGCGUGGAGAUACUCGAGAAACACACCCAAGAGCGAGCACGCAGAGAGGCGUAUCUGUCCACCUCUGAGAGGAUUCUUCUCGCAGCCAAGGAAAACAGAUUCAAGUUUGUCGUGGGUAGCUGGUUCGGUAGCAUGAUCGGAUCGGGCGCGUAUAUCUGGGGGCGCAACCCCACGCAGACCUUCUCGCAGAAGUUGGUGCAGGCGAGAAUGGCAGCACAGGUUUCCACCCUCGCUGUCCUUAUCGCUACCGCUUCCCUCAGCCAGAUUCGCGUCAGAGGCGAGGAGCAGUUGUCGCAGCAGAAGAAGGCUGAUAGUGGCGGCGAUGAUUGGAAGUAUUUCGUCGCUGAGGAGGAGCACAGAGAGAAAGAGGAGGAGGAUGGCAAGCCGAGGAGACAGCCAGUUUCAGAGGAUUCAAAGAAGCCAGCGCCAGACACUCCCGCCCAUUCCAAAAAAUCAAAUUGA